AUGGAAGUCCAUACGCCGAAGGAGGACCAUAGGAUUGCAGAGGCAUAUAAGCUUGAGCUGAAAGACGUUGUUCUUGAGGUCUCCAGUGAAAACCUAUCCUCGGGCGGUAAGUAUGUUAGGUUGCUGAACGGAGUAUCUGCCACCUUUGAAUCAGGGAAGUUGUCGGUUGUCAUGGGGCCUAGCGGAAGUAGCAAGACAACAUUGAUGAACUUGAUCAUGGGCGCAAUCCAGAAGGACUCGCUGACCUACGGAAGGGUACUGUUUCGGGGGGAGGAUAGGGACCCGAACACAUGGCUGUCCCACACAGCAUAUCUGAAUCAGGAUGACUGCGUAGUCCCCUACACAACGGUAUAUGAGUACAUAUACUUCUGUGUUAGCUGCAGAACAGUAAAAAAGCAGAGGGGUGGAAGAAGUGUUGGGGAAAUUGUAAGCAGUGUGAUGAAGAGACUUCACAUUCAAGAUCUUAAAGACAUGAUGAUGACGGCGAUUUCUGGGGGAGAGCGGAAGAGGGUGAUGAUAGCCAUCGAGUUCGCUGUUUUUCCUGAUGUGCUGAUCCUCGACGAGCCAACAAGCGGGCUCGACUCGCACCUUGCAUUCGAAUUGAUUCAAAUGAUUAAGCAAUAUGCAGCUGAAAGCAAUAGCAUUGUGAUUACAACCGUUCAUCAGCCUGGGCCAGGACUGUUUGACAUGUUUGACGACCUCCUAUUUCUUUAUAGGGGGACCGUGGUAUACUCUGGGCCAGCCAAUAGGUGUGAGGAGUUUUUCGAUUCCAAAGGGAUCCACAGGACCGGAAAGCUGUCUACAAGCGAAUUCAUAUUUGAGCUUUUCUCCGAUAAGUCCUACAUUCCUGGGAUAGAAGAGUACAGGCAAAAGAUUGAUGAAAUAAUAGAGUCUUCUGUGAAGGAGGGAAGUUCAAAGAGCGAAGACAAGAUCAUGAAGCAUGGCGGAAACUCCCCAACCAGCGUGCCGUUUAGCCUCACAAAAGCACUUAUGAUAGCCAGAAGGCAGUUUGCCAUUGAAUGGAGGUCUUGGAAAAUGCUGAAGAGCCGGGCUGUGGAGAUAUUUAUACUUGGAUUCUAUGUAUGCUUCUGGUAUCCUGUAUCUUUUACCGUAAAGUUCUCAAACUAUAUCAACGAUCUGCAGUUGGAUUUAAGUGGCAAGGAUGGCACAGAAUCCAUCUUCCAUUGGCUCCUUCGCUCCCUGAAAACCAAUAUCGACGAGUCGGUAAGAUCCAAUAUAGACGAAGGCAUCAAGUGGGAGAUGUGCCCAUUCCUAUUGUUUUUGCUUUCACCUCUGGCCCUAACAGAUUUGUUAGACGGGCUGGACUAUAUCCACAGAGAGAUGUCCAAGGCAACAUACGGGCCAUCAACAUUGUAUUUCUCGGCAUGGAUUGUCGAGGUUCCACUGAUCAUCUUGAAAUGCUGUAUGUUUCUUUGGAUCACAUCGCUCUUUGGGAUCCGCAGCGGGAAUACAGUUGGACUAAUUACCUACAUGAUUAUAGGAAAUAUUCUGGUGUUGGUAUUUAAUAUGAUGACAAGAAGCGCCACGUCUUCGAGUGUUCUCAAAAAGAUCUUAUCCAUCUUCACUCUUGCACUUAUACCUCUUCUAGACCCAAAUAACCUAUACGCGACUUCUAAUUUUCUUUCUUCACCAUCGAUUGGAAAGCUUGGAUACCUUAGAUUCCUGAAGUACUUGUUCCUACCUUUUUGGCCUCACGUCUUCUUCCAAGGCUUUAUGAGGCUAUCCUUCUUUGAAAGAGUGCUGUUCCCCUCAGAGCCGAACAAGAAAUUUACGCCUCCAUACAGAACAAUUAUGGGCCUUCUCGCGGACUCAUGGCUUUACGAUCCAAGGCUUAAUGACGAAGAGAACAAACUGAAGCUCUUCAGUCCUCAGACGAAGUUCUUGGUAAACUGUGAGUACUCUAGACAUUUCCUGCUACUCCUUGGAGCCAUCUCUUUCGUCAUUGUUGUUCUGGCGAGUAACUUUGCUCUUAUGUGUAGAUUUUCACCGCACCUGCGGCUUAAGCUAUCUACAAAAUAA